AUGGUGUCCUUCUGGCCCUGGAAGGGCGAGGAUAACUCCCCAGCGUCUUUCGAGAAGGCUCUGUCGACAUUAUCUACAAAGAUUACAGAGACCACCGUCCGGUUAGAUCUCUACCGGCAGCGGUCCCGUCGGUUCAAGGCCCUCUGGACUCUCUACACAAUAUUUGCCUACCUCCUCUACUCGAUCAUCCUCGCUCUAGUUCUAGGAUACCAGAAUUGGGGCCCAAUUGAAUAUGGAGCCGUUGCAGGUGGCCCAAUCGCUAUCUACGCAGUUAGAGCGGUCGCGGGCAAGCUCUUCGAAUACCAGAUCUCGAAGGCACAGCGUCACCUGGACAGCCUUAACGCCCAGCGAGAAGCGACAAUCGAGAAGCUUAAGGUCGCGACGAAAUAUAACUCCACCCAGCAGCUCCUGGAGAAGUAUGGCGGCGAGUCACCUAAGCCUACUCCCCCUCAAGGCGGAGAGCACCUGAAACAGAGAGAGCCGGGUAAUAAACAGGAAGCGCCGAGACAAGGUGGUAGAACGGGGUUGCCUCCACCCCCGACGGCGAAUAUAAGACGGCCUCAAGAGAGGCAGCAACUGCCUGCAAUUCCCGUUAGUCCUCCACAGGACGCCGGUCCCAGUCCGCUGCCGCCAUCCUUCGCAGAAAUGCAGGAUUUCCCAAGACCUCCGCCAUCCGUAGAUGAGCCAGGCUUUGCUCCCAACGCUUUUCCAGCCUCUGCGCAGUACCACGAGAAUCCACGGUGGUAUGACCGACUCAUGGAUGUCCUUCUUGGAGAAGACGAAACACUCCCGAAGAACAGAUUGGCGUUGAUAUGCAGCAACUGCAGACUGGUCAAUGGCCAGGCGCCUCCGGGCGUAAAAAGUCUCGAGGAAGUAGGGAAAUGGAGAUGUGGAGGCUGUGGUGCCUGGAAUGGGGAGGAGAGUGAGGCGGAAAAGAUGCUUGCGGAUAUGAGGAGACAACCUCAGACCGCGGACGGAGCAUGGGAGCGUGUGUCAAAAGGCGAAGAGGACCUCUCAUCGAAUGGAGACGUGACAGAUGAAGGAGUUAUUGUUGCAGCUAGUGAAGGCUCGAGGCUCUCCGACGUAGAGCAAGAAGACGCUGGGGAGGAUGACGAACAGCCUUCAGAGGAAGAGCAGAAGCAGACAACCAGGUCUAAGCGUGGACGUCCGAAGGGGAGUAAGGGGAGUAGACGGAGUGCAUGA